GUUUGUUUGAUGUAGAGCCGAUUGUUGAGCUCUCUGUUUUCUUAAAGGAGUGGAAAAAGUAUAGAGCCUACCGCAAGCGGGGGUGCUAUAACUGCUGCGAGUCAUUUCCUGGUUUCAUGUCCCAUGGUUUGUUUCUGCUUAAAGGAGACAAAAGCAUAUGUGAACAGCUAUGGGCGUAUUAACUCUUAAGCUUUUGGUAUAUGGCCAACUAAUAUGGUUUAUAUUGGCCAUAAACAACAUCACUCAUCCUGAUCAGACCACUGAGUCACCAUCAUGGCUGAAUAACACCUCUCAAAUGAAACCUACUUUGAUGGCUCCACCGCUGAAUGGAACUGGAAACUACACAGAAAACAAUGCCUCAAAUUCAUCAAGCAAUUCCAUGUACAAUACGAGUGAUGCAACUCUGACCAACUUGACCACCCAGGUGACCACUACUGGACCCCAGAACACUACUUUGGGCCCCAUCCACAGCAAUGCAACAGUCACAGGAACAACAGUGCAGCCAAACACAACGGCAAAUGCUCAAACCAACUCAACACAGCUCACCUCAAAGCCCAAAACAACAGUGAACAUCACAUCAACAGCCGUCACCUCUCUAGACAACAUCACUCACAGCGGCAAUGAAAGUACUACAAUAAAGACUUCACCAGUGCCUAAACCAACAGAGAAUGCACCCACCACUGUAAUUCAAAACAACACAACUCUUUUCCAUGUAUCUCAAGCAGGUGCUGGUAUGAAUCAUUCAGAGAUGUCCAUGACCAUUUUAUUCAGCAUUCUGCUUGGUGUAAUAGUUCUGAUAAUUCUGGUGCACUUUGUGUACAAGUCUGGUAGAAGCAAUCAGAGCAGGAUCCAAUAUACUCAUCGCCGUCUCCAGAAUGAGGAUACAGGUGAGCCGUUUACAGUGCCAGAAGACACACUGGUCAUUUCAGGAGGACUCUACGAUGGCCCCCAUAUUUACAACCCCACAAUGACAGUGCAAAAUGAGGAUGAAUUUCAGACAGACGCAACUGGACUUGCCUACAGACCCACUCAGUUCCAAUUGGAGCUUCUGGUAGAGGAUCAGGGAAGCGCACUUGAUCGUGAUACCUUGACCUUUCAGACAUUCCAAGCAAAUGAUCAAGAACCUUGAUAUAUGAACACAGCAACCAGCCUUUUUAGUUUUAAAAACUGAGAUGAAUAUUGCUGAAUGGGAAAAUCAGUAACAGUCACUAAAAACCAUUUGAAUGCAAAAACAUAAAUAAACGCAAACAACAAAAAACAGCACAAAACAAAAUCAAAUAUACAGAGAACACAUAUUUUUUAACAGAAUACAUUAUGAUGUGAAAGUGUUUUGAGACAAUAUUGUAGAACCAUGUAAUUGAAAUAAGAUAAUCGCUGUAAUAUUUUUGAUGCAAACAUUUUCAAGCAAAUAUUUUCUCUGAUCAUUUUUCUUUCUUCUUAUCUGAACUGCUGAUGGUGGACCAUCCAGCAUAUUGUAUUUUCUUUAUUGCUGGCAGUUUCAGAGCUGUUCCCAGAGAUUUGCAUGGAACAGAACUUUGCACCUGCACAAGCAUAUUUUGUGCUUACUGUAACAACUAUAUUUUCAGAUCACAGUCGAGAAGAUAAAAUAAUUACAUUUUGACUAAAUAAUUACAUUUUGACUAAACCUAGGAGUGGUGGUGGCGUAGUGGCUAAAGCACAGGGCUGUUAAUCAGAAGGUCCUUGGUUCGGACCCCACAGCCACCACCAUUGUGCCCUGAUUCAGCAACUUCAUGAAUCAAACUUUCCAAAGUUUGAACCUACUGUAGGACCUUUGAAUUACCAUCCCAAUUUUCUAACUUCUUGCUAGCUCUAACUCUAUAUUUAUGCUGAAUAAGAUAUUCAAUGUGAACAAUGUUGUUAGCCAUAAAAAAUUCAAAUAAUUAACAGUAAUGGUUUACUUGCAUCAACUUCAGCACUCAGAUCUGCAUCCUUUUCUUCUACCAUUUUGUCAUUCUCAUGCUAUUAAGUAAAAUAAAACAUCAGAAUGAUCAAUCUCCAAUAAUAAUAUAAGAGAUCAGUGAUGAAUAUAUACAAUGAUUACCACCUUGUGCCUUUCCAUCAAAGCAACCAUGUCUGAUAUCUUCUGAUGGAAUUUGAUUUCUGUGUUGUCUUUACUCUUCAGUGUAUCUGAACUGUUUGCUUCAGUUUCUGCACCUUCAAAAAACCAAACUGAUCAAGUAGGGCAUGAGUGUUAUUUAUUAUGCCAGCUAUUGUAUUUAACAAAAUAAAUCACCUUGAGGUGAUUUACAUUUACAUUUAUGCAUUUGGCAGAUGCUUUUAUCCAAAGCAACUUACAGUGCACUUAUUACAGGGACAAUCCCCUCAACUCAACCUGGAGUUAAGUGACUUGCUCAAGGACACAAUGGUGGUGGCUGUGGGGAUCAAACCAGCGACCUUCUGAUUAACAGUUAUGUGCUUUAGCCCACUACUCCACUUCUUGUGCCCCAGAUGUUGAUUUGUCUUAAAGGUUAGAGCAUAUUUUCUGAAGCUCCUCAUUGUGCUGUUUCUUCGCGGUCUCAGAUUCAUCCUUCAAUUUAGUUAUCUAUGAGAAACAAUAUUAUACUUAAACAAGCCUAUGUUUACUCCUAGCUUAUACUGAAAUGGGAAAACACAUUGUAUGCAAUUAGAAUCUGCGAAGGAGUUCAUGAAGAAGUUCAUAUGACUACAAAUGUCAGAUUCAUCAACAACAUUAAUUUAUGAUGCUAUUGAUUUCUACAAGGUUUUGCUGAUAAUGAACAUUGAUCAAUUAAUAAGUUUGAUAUAAACCAGAUAAAAUAUUGUUGGUUUGCUGAGUAAUAGUAAGUCAACCAUCUAUCUCAUUUUGGCACUCCUCAUGAGCCUUGGUUUUGCUCUGU